GGAAUUGGGGAUUUUUGGUAGGUAGGGUUUGGGUUUGCGAAUUGGGGAUUCAUUCUGCAAGCAAAUGACGAGAAGAAUCGGUCGGCCAUGAUCUUCAAUUUCCCGUUCCUCUUCCUAGCAUCAUCAAAAGUACCGCUCUACAAUCUCCAACAGUCUCGCUCCAUUGCCAGAGUUCGGUUGAAAUGGGUGAAAAACCGCUCGCUCGACCACAUCAUCGACCUCCAAACCGACAUCAAAGCUGCGUGCCUUAUCAAGGAUGCCAUAGCCCGCUCCCCUACCGGCUAUCUCACGGAGAGAUCUCUUUCAGACUCUCAAAAGCUGCUCGGUCUCACCGUUCCAACCCUGCGCUUCGUCCGGAGGUACCCCUCUCUCUUCCAGGAGUACCCUCACCCAAAGUACCCCUCUUUGCCGUGUUUCAAGUUGACCGACGUAGGGAAGAUGUUGCAAGAGAAGGAAAAUAAGAUUUUCGAGGACUGCGAAGCUGAUAUUGUGGAAAGGCUUUGCCGGAUCAUCAUGAUGACCAAAAGUAAAAUGCUGCCAUUGCAAUCUCUACAUGCAUUAAAAUGGGACUUGGGAUUGCCUGAUGAUUUCGAUAGAAACUUCAUUAAAAGACAUCCAGAACAGUUCCAGGUAGUGAAGGGAACAGAUGGGUCAAUCUGCUUGAAGCUCGUCCGGUGGCGUGACGAAUUUUCAGUUUCUACAUUGCAGAAAAUGAACGAAAAGAAUAUGAUGGGGGAAGAUGUUAAUGGUAACAAUAACAUUGGCCUCUCUGGCUACAAAGCAUUCAAGAGGGGAAAGGCUGCAUUAGAGUUCUCUAUGAGUUUCCCAAGGGGUUAUGGGGCACAAAAGAAGGUGAAAGCAUGGAUGGAUGAAUUUCAAAAGUUGCCUUACAUUUCUCCUUAUGAAGAUUCAAGGGGGAUCGACCCAAAUAGUGAUCUUAUGGAGAAACGUGUUGUCGGGAUGCUGCAUGAGUUCUUAAGCUUGACCAUUUACAAGAAGACAAAAAGAAAUUACUUGAGAAGCUUGAGGGAGGAACUGAAUCUUCCACACAAAUUUACUCGUGUAUUUACCAGAUACCCGGGAAUAUUUUACCUCUCGCUGAAAUGCAAGACUACAACAGUGGCAUUGAGAGAGGGUUAUCGCCGAGGAAGAUUGGUUGAUCCACACCCUCUUGCACGCCACAGAGAUAAAAUUUACUAUGUUAUGAGAAAUGGGCUGAUCUAUCGGAAUAAAGCUAACGUAAUGCUAUCUCAUCUUGUUGAUCUAGAUAAUGAGAAAGAAGACAAUGUGGAUGAGGACAGUGAUGAAGAUGAGUUUGAAUUGGAAAAUGGGAGUUAUGAAUCAGGGGAUGAAGCUGAUUCUGAUGAAGAAAGUGGUUGAAAGAUUUGUGCUAGUGUGAUAGGUGAAUAUAAUUUCUCCGGGGGUGGCAAUAGUGGCGGGUUUUGCCCCGUUCCUGGUAUUAAUAGGGCGGAUUUGGGUUCAGAAUUUUAUAACCAUUACGGGAUAUUAAAAUUUUAAAACCUGAUCUA